ACUUCACACCAGUUGUUUGGCCGCCAAAUUAAAGUUAACUACUCUCGUGUUAAAAAUCAGUUAUUUUCUAAUUUAAGUUUAUUAGUGAACGUUAUUAUUGUGUAAUAAACGGUCGAAACAUAGCUAGAAACAUUCCCGAGUAAUAGUUUUUAUAAAGUUAUUAAGUGCAGUUUGUUUUAAUCUGAAAAAUAAGUUGAAAAGUGUGUGUGUCAGUCCCCAGUGUGUUACAUGAUUUUGUGAUUGUUGUAUCGAAAGAUGCAUUAAAUGAUUAUUAGUCAUUUCAAUCGUGAUUAGAGAAACAAAUUUUUUGUGAAUGUUAUAUAUAUUUAUCAUGGUAUGAUGAAAUAUUGAAGAUUUUUGAAAGUUGUCGAUGAGAGAUCAUACCCCCCCUCCUAACCUAACUCUCUUUCGAUAUCUCCCCACUUCUGGGGUGACGUGCACCCCUCUCUUGUUCCCCGUAGAUGAUGUUAGUCACCUCAAGGACGUUUACUGUAAUUGGGAUAGGUCGGCUGGUUGUAUAGAACGAACAGAAUAUGACAGACUAGACAAGCAAUAGAUAGCCCUCGUCGUUCGCCGGUGUGUUUUCAAAAUGGCGGCGCUCUCAUUUAUAUAGUCUCUUUAAUAUUGUUUCAAGAUUCAUUUCUCUUUCUUUUAAAAUAAUAUGUUUGUAUUUCUUGGUAUUGUGUCGGGCCACGGUGAAACAAGUAAUUUGCCGAUUCUUAAACGUUUCUCUGAAACUUUUUUUUGUAAUAAAAAACAGAAAAAAACACACAACAGUGUUCGACACUAGCGCCAGAAAUAUCCUGGAAAAAGGAUCAUGACAUUCCACCUCUUCACUAUCGUCGCCUUUGUUCGGACUUUGCCUCUGUUAAAGGAACUAUCCAGCGGUCACACAGGUAAAAAUCAGGGUCGAUGGGGAAAAAUGAAGUCUUGCUGAGUCUUCCCUGAUUCCCGGGAUUGAAAUACACGAAACAAUCGCCGUCCGUUUUCAUUUCGCGUCACAUUUCGUUAAGGGGGAAAAAAAGUGAGGUUACAUUUUCUCAUUGUCGUGAUUUUUUAAUAUUCCCUUUUCCACUACUGUGCUUCAUUUUUCUUCUAUAAUGCAAAUAAUCAAGAGAGUGCAAAAAUUAACACAAGAUAAGAAUAAUUCCCUUUUAAUCGGUUUUUAAAACUCAAAAGUUGUCAAGUGUGGAUACGAGGAAAAAAAAACAGUUUGGAUGGAAAAACUUGUGCUAAACGAAUUUAUAUUACGUGUGUUGGAAAUUUAUUUGCAAUUAUCCUGAGUGAAAGCCAUCUCCGUUUUUUUCGGGGGAUUUUCCAAAGAGAGUCAUUCUCAACAAUCUAUAUGGAUGCAAGGAAUGGACCUGGAGAAACUUCUCAUGAAACCGUUGAUAAAAGUGAGACAAAUUAAGAAGGCGGAAGUGUUGGACUAAGAAGUGAAUCUUUGGGGGAGGAUGCUCGGCAGCUGGGUUUGGGAAGAAGAAUUGGAGCUGGGAGAGGGAACAACCGUUUUGCAAGAUAAGCUGAGAAGUGUCAGCCCUGACACAACACAUCCCGUCCCCGACAGCCGGGUGCUAAGGUAUGCACCCAGCCGUUGCCAUCAUCCUCCCACCUUCAACUUACCGCACUCCGGUCUACAGCCUCCUCUCAACUGUAUCGAUUAGCAGUGUGAGACGGGCAAAAUGCUGACUGCGCAUCCUGAGAUGCAUGAGAAGAGGGAUAUUGUCCCCCUUGGCGGGGGGCAAUAUGGAACUGGCGGGGGUGGUAUGGUGAUUAAUGAAAAAUGUACCGCUGAUCAACCACCCCCGCCACCACCGCCGCCGCAACGUGAUCCAUCAGAUCCAACGAUCAGCGCAAAGAAACUUCCGAAGAAAAGAAAAUUUGAUCCAUCGGAACUUGAGGAAAUGGAUAAGACAAGCAAUGUUACCGCAAAUGUCAAUAAUAUGAUUAUUCGCGCCAAUAAUCAGCCAAUUAGUUACACCACAUGUCAUCAAUCAUCAAUUCAUUCAAAUAUGUCUUUACCUCAUCAACAGCAACGCCAACACUCGCCAAUCCAACAAGUACCUGUCCAACAAGUAGAAUGCUUUCAGAUAACCUCAGGCCAGUCGGUGGUUGUUUUACCUCCACAGAGUACAGCAGUGGAUUAUUCGCUGCGCGAUGAAUCAUCGCCACCGCGUUCACGUCCACGGCCACCUCCCGUUGGAAUUGAUCUCAGCGAGUGGUGCAAUCAUCGUGUAUUAGCUUUAAGAGAUUCUCGAUAUUUUCCUGGUGUUAUACGUAGCGCGAGUCAUGGCGAGGUACGAAUUGAAUUUGAUGGCGAGGGAAAAAUAGUGCAUUACAGUGAUGUGUUUGGCGUUGGGAAGUACGAUGUGAUAAGCGAUGCAAGCCCAUCGGUGGGUCAAGUGAAAAUAGAUACAAAAGUGUGCGUCAGGUGUCCAACUACAAAUAGUCACAUUGACGCAAUGACUAAUAUGUUCGUUAAAGGGACUGUGUGCAAAAUAUUAACAAGGCCAAAGGGUUUUGUUGUUAAGAUACCGAGGGAUGACGAUCAAAGUGACAGUUUUAUUGUGAAACGUGCUGAUUUAAGAUUGGUGCAACCACCAUGGUGGGAUGAACUCGAAGAGGGAAUGGAAGACUGCGAAUCUUCGACUGAUUAUCGGAAUUCCUUGGACGCUUCAGGGACGAUUUUACAACUGCAUUCGCACCAGCAAACAUCUCAUGUCUCGACUCAUGGCGACUCGAGUAGUUAUUACAGAACUACUGCUACAAGUCCACUCAUGCCAUUGACGAGUACACCGGUUCAUUCGGCAACUACAGCACUCAGUAAUGGGACUAGACCGUAUGACGAUAUUGAGAGUGAAGACGAUUUAGAUCGGGAAGAUAUUGCAUUUCCAGAUGCAGAUGCAAAAUUGUCAGGAAGCAGUAAAAGGAGUAGCAUGCAAAGUCGAGGUAGUACGAGUAGUCUUGUUGAGCAACGAAGCAUAACUCCUCGUUCUCAAGCUGCUACACCCAGAUCUCAGGCGGCAACGCCACAUAAAUAUAAAAAGGGUGAUAUAGUAGUUACUCCAAGUGGAAUUAAGAAAAAAUACAAUGGCAAGCAGUGGAGAAGGCUCUGUUCAAAAGAAGGAUGUUCCAAGGAGAGCCAACGACGAGGUUACUGCUCUCGUCAUCUUAGUCUAAAGGGGUCCGGACUUAGAGGACCAAUAAAUACCUUUUCUGGGGGAAGAGUUGACGGAGAAGAGACGUCUAGAGAUUCGGAAACGUCGCCAAAUUACGGAGAUAGAAGAAUAGCUGGCAGAUUUGAUCAAGACGAAACUGAAGCCGCCAAUAUGCUUGUAUCUUUGGGAAGUUCGAGAUCGGCGACUCCGGCUUUCUCAUCGCCAACUGGUCAGUCGUCGAUAUCGCCGUGCAUAAAUCAGUCCCCGGUACCAGCGCUGGGACUGAAUCAGAACAACGUAUUUAUGCCAAUUUCAAGUCCGGCACAUCACGUCACCCCCUUAAUAUCCCCCAGUGCAAAAUGGAAACAUUCGCCAACACAGUCAAAUUUUUUGGUGCAAUACCAGCAACAGGUGAUAAAGCCGGAACCAAAUCGAAUGGUGAGACCAAAUCGACCGGCACCGACUGCUCCCGUCCCAGCUAGUAUAGGAACCAGUGUUAUAAGAAUCUCCCCAGUUGGACGUGGAAUGCCCAAUCAGAAUUUAUCACUCUCUUGGUCGGAGCAGAGUCCACCUCCUAGACAUCCGUCGGUUGUUACUUCAAUUGCUCAACAUCAGCAGCAGCAACAUCAACAGCAGCAGCAACAACAUCAGCAGCAACAACAGCAUCAACAACAACAGCAGCAUCAACAACAGCAUCAACAACAACAACAACAGCAGCAGCAGCAGCAUCAACAACAGCAGCAUCAGCAACAACAGCAUCAACAACAACUGCAGCAACACCAACAACAACAAGGCAUAAUACUUCAGCAAGCUCUCACUUCCAAUAAUGGUUUUCCCACACAUUCCGACAUCUCCGAACAGAAUCAAUUAUUAAAACAGCCUCAUUCUCCUCACGUUCCAUUGACGGCUCCUCCUCCACAAACAUUAACUCAUAUUCAUAAAACUCAAGAACAACCUGUGGAUUAUGCUCAACCUCAACAACAACAGCCACAACCACUCUACGUAAUGCAGCAAAAUGAAAAAAAGUAUCUUGUUAUAAAAAAUAGUAUGGAUGUUGCUUCACCAGUACAUGUUGUCAAUCAUGAUGAAAAGUACCGGCAUUCUUUAAUUAAUCCAAUUGGCUCUCUUCCAUCGUUACAUCAAAUCCAGUGUCAACCACCACAAUCGCCAGCGGCACCAUCAUCCGUUCAUGAGAAAUUGUCAGUUGUACAACAGACGAAUAAAGUUAUUCCUCACAUACCUGUGCAUACGGACAUUCAAAGGAUCCAACCACCACCAGCGAGUGUUGUUAUAGGAACAACAACGACGCCUGUAACAAAUAUUUCCACCCCAACGAGUGUCUAUCAACAAGUAAUUGUACAACCAACGCCUCAUUUAAUUCAAGUACCGAAAAGUGUAUGUCAACUUCCACGUGAGGAAAGCGCAAAAAAUAACGGAGUCUUAUAUGGCAGCCAUGAUGUUACUUCAGCAUACCAGACCCAUCCCCCAACAUUUCUCAACAGUGCAGGACGUAACUGGAAAAAAGCUUUUUCCUGGCAGACAGUAUUGGAUCAACCAGAAGUGAGUCCACCACCAUCGACAUUGAGUCCACCUCUGAGCGCACCGCCAAUUCCAAUGACCCUUGGCAAUCCUCCUGAAGAUGGUCCUGGACCAGAACCAAUAACCCCUGCCGAGGAAGAGGACGACGAUGUCUUUGAGCCAACGCCUACAACACCAUCGGAAAUUGAGGCCAAUGCCAAUAAACGACGUAGUCAAUCUCUCAGUUCUUUGCACAAUAAAGAACCACAAAGUCCACUUAAGACAAAAGAUCGUAUUCGAAGGCCAAUGAAUGCAUUUAUGAUAUUCUCGAAACGUCAUCGUGCAGUUGUACAUCAAAGGCAUCCGAAUCAGGAUAAUCGUACGGUAUCGAAGAUCCUCGGUGAAUGGUGGUACGCAUUGGGUCCCGAUGAAAAGCAAAAAUAUCACAAUCUCGCAUCGGAAGUUAAGGAGGCGCACUUUAAAGCACAUCCCGAAUGGAAAUGGUGCAGUAAAGAUAGACGAAAAUCAUCGACAACAAGUUUCAAGGGUGGCGAUCAAAGGGGAAAAUUAAAUAGUACCGGUGAAGAAACAGACGCUGGUCCACCGUCUGACGAUGUUCCAUUAACACCAAGAGCCAAUGAAGAUGUCACAAUGCCUGUUAAUUCUCUUUACAACGAAAAUCCAACAGUUGAAAUUCAACAGACGUACAGUUCUCAUCGAAUACCAGAGACGACAACACAUAUUGAAACAACGGAAUUAGAAACGAAGCAGGAGGACGAGGGUAAUGCCUCAGAUGAUGAUCAAAUGGUGAUUUGCGAAGAUCCACAACCUGAAAUUGAUCUAAAAUGUAAAGAUAAAUUAAUUGACAGUGACAAUGAGGGACAGGAUGAUGAUCCUGAUAAGAAAAUGCAAAUUUAUUCAACGGGACAAAAAUCUGAUGGUGUUAAAACUGACAUCACUUGUAGGCCAAAACCAAUUAAAGCACGUCUACCGUCAACGAGUAUAGAAACAACGGCUAAAUACCAUCAUGCUUCUUUGGACAAAGGUGGUACGGUCUCCGUUUUAUCGACCACGUAUCCUUAUCACAGUCCCGUCAAUCCCACAGGAGUGUCAGGCUUUCAGCCAACUGGAGGUGCUUUCAUCACCAUGCCCGUAUCGCCCAAAGUCAUCAAGCCGGAAGCCGUGAAAAGCGAACAACAAUACAGCACACAAUACACUGUCAACAAUCUUGUUGCCAAUGUCCACCCUGAAAAUGGAAGAAACAAAUUCACUGCUGCACCAGUAUUACAUUCUAUUGGAUCGAAACCCAUGAUGGCUCUGUUAAAACAACAGCAGCCAUUACAACCUUUAGGCACUGUUCAUCGACCUCCGAUUACAACAACAACUUAUCCGUCGUCACUCACUUUGACAUUGGUUGAUCAUGAUCUUGUUGCUGUAUCGAAACCCCAACAGACUGCACAAUAUAUUGGGCCGGCUGGACCUCAUUCGCGAAUGUACUGCGGAUUUCAAAUACCAAUUUCAGAUGCCAGUGGACGUAACAUAUCUGUACAAAAUUUAAUUCCCGGCAAAGUAGAAUCCCAUGGUGUUAUUGUUAGUAAAUCGUAUCCAGUGUCGACAUCAAAUCCCAGCACUCCAAGUUAUCGGGGAAUAGGUCAUUCUAUCGCUAGACUCGCAGAACCUGAAAAGAAUGAAAAUCACAAUCAAACGUAUGUAAAUAAUAUUAAAGAACAAGAAAGGAAGGAUUCUGUGAAUAAUUUGAUGAUUAUCGACAAACAAAAACCCCCGUCAACGCCUCAUACACCCCAUACACCUCACAGCAAUUCCGGAAGUGGUGAUCAUUCGUCUAAUAAAUCAUACACUGUUGAGGAAACAAUGGGUUCUACUAAUGAUGUUGCUGCGAAUAAAGGAACUUUUAUGCUAGCGCCCACACCUGCACAACUUGGUCGAGCACCCUUACAAAGGAGACAAUCAAUGGCAAUGCCUCCCACAUCAAAUGCAGGAGAUCAUGGGCCUCUAACGUCUCAACGUUCAGACAACAGAUCAAUUAAUAGUUCGUCCCAAAAUUCAGAGCAAAUCUCGCAACAGAAUUUAUCAGAAUCUCUCGCAUCGCCUUCACCUUCAACAAAAAAAGGUUCUUUCUUUAAGAAAAAUUUUGAAGAUGGCAUGGAUAGGGUCCUUGAACAAGUCAAUUUUCAAGAAAAAUUUUCAUCCUUACCGGAAUUCAAACCGGAGGAUAUACAAAGUCCUAGUGCAAUUAGUUUAAAUGCAUCAGCAGGAACAUCAGCCCAUGGCCCUGUCAGUUCUAAUUUACAUUCUUCCAAUAUUGCCUCAUCCCUGCAAAGUUAUCGUAAAAAAUCUGGAACAGGAUCUCAUCGAGCUUCAAUUAAUGAGGAAGAAAUGGAAUCUGAUGUACCACUUUCGGCGACUUCAAAAUCAACGGCAAAUGUGAAAUUAACUGGUAAUACGUUCUUUGGACCGGACUUUAAUGUCGAUGCGUAUAGAGCUAAUUCGGAUAUAUUGGGAGAUGUGGACGCCACUUCGCCGCGAACGCCAAAAACUCCUGGUGGCGGUGUGGGAAAUACGGUGGGCGUCAAUAGAAGUGACAACGAACGUGGUCAUAGGAAAAUUUUAGAGCAACGGCGACAACUUGUUAUGCAAUUGUUUCAAGAAAAUGGUUACUUCCCAUCAACGCAAGCUACCUCUGCUUUUCAGGCGAAGCACUCGGACAUUUUUCCAAGUAAAACAAGUUUGCAGUUAAAAAUUCGAGAAGUUAGACAAAAACUUAAAUCUAAUUCCACUCCAAUGAGUGCCAAUAGUCUUGUGAGUCCAUUGCCCACUUCUGAACCAUCGCCCAAUAUUUCUGGUCCCUUAACUGCUCCUCCCACAUCAAUGGGAGCUCCCCAAUCACUGCCUGUAAGCAGCAGUGGUAGCUAGCACCCACGAGUCAACUGUGAUACUUUGCAUCCCCUAACUCCUAAACACGAAUACAUCAUUAUCCUCUGAAAAGGAUUCUGCUGUUUUCUCUUUUCUUGCUUAGAAACAAAAAAAAACAAAGAAAAGAAAAAAAAUUUGUUAAAUGUACAGUUUCCUUGCGGAUAAACUGUUCUUAAGACUUCAGUGCAAUUUGAAUCUUGAUCCUAAUUGUCUUGUAUAGAUAAAUGUACAGAUCUCUCUCAGCGUGCUAACAUACAAACGUCUCAGUUUAUUUUGAACAAAUUUAAAAAAAAAUAGUUGAUUUCUCAAACUAUAAAGCACAAAGUGAAAGAGAACUCUCAAUAACCUUCGAUAGGUGCGAGCACUAUUCUCCAAAAAAAAAUAAAUAAUCGAAGACAAUACACGAAUCUCUAUUCUAAAUUCAAAGACAGUCUCUCUCUCCCUCUAUUUCUCUAAAUAUAAAGAGAACAAUUAUUUUGGUACCGAAUGAGACUGUUUAGAAUAAAAAAAAAAUUAUAAAUAUAGAAAAGCUGAUCGUUGUAGAUUGGCACGCUUUGAAUGAUUUUUAAAGAGAGGCCUAAAAGCCAUUGUUAAAUGUUGUUGAAAAUACUAUGAUUGACAAAAAAAUAAAAAAAAGGGUUAAGGGGGGACGAGGGAGAGAGAAAAACAAAGAGUGCAUGUAUGCGUGAGAGAAAGAAUCGUAAUCGGAGACUAUUAGAAUUAUAUAACAAGAAAAUUAUAAAAUGAAAUCAGAGUUUAUAUACUUUAGUUAUACUUCAUAAUAUACUAUAGUUGAAAGAAAGCUCUAUAAUGGAUUGAAGGACAAAAACAACAAAAAAGAAACUGCAUUAACCAUAGCACAAAAAAAAGUUAUGUAUCCGCAAUUCAUAUUUAUGCUAUCGUAAACACUGUGGCAAAGUCUUGAGAUGAAAAAAAGGAAGAACGAAAAAAUUUCCGAAAGAGUUAACAAAAAAAAAAAAAAUAUGUCUAUUAUUAUACCCGGUCUUGAUGACUCGAGACCACGGUGUGUUUUGGUGAUUUCUAGAUUAUAUCGUAUAUUA